AGAUCUACACAUAUUUAAGCACGCAGCAGCAUAUCGCAACUAAAAUUUAGGGUUUUCUUCUCAGUACCUAAAUCUGCACGAAGUGUAAACUUCCGACAAUGAGUAAGCUUCAAAGUGAUGUCCUUAGGGAAGCCAUUUCUCAAAUUUCUAAUGAUGCCAAGGAAAAAAAGAGGAACUUCACGGAGACCAUUGAGCUCCAGAUAGGGCUGAAAAACUACGAUCCCCAGAAGGACAAACGUUUCAGUGGCUCCGUGAAGUUGCCUCACAUUCCUCGUCCAAAGAUGAAAGUUUGCAUGCUUGGUGAUGCUCAGCAUGUGGAAGAGGCAGAAAAGAUGGGUUUGGAGUAUAUGGAUGUGGAAGGGCUGAAGAAGCUCAACAAGAACAAGAAGUUGGUCAAGAAACUUGCAAAGAAGUUUCAUGCCUUCUUAGCAUCAGAAGCUGUCAUUAAGCAGAUUCCCCGUCUUCUAGGCCCUGGUCUCAACAAGGCAGGGAAGUUUCCUACACUAGUUACGCACCAGGAAUCUCUCGAGUCUAAAGUCAAUGAGACCAAGGCCACAAUAAAAUUCCAACUGAAGAAAGUGCUCUGCAUGGGAGUUGCUGUUGGAAAUUGCAGUAUGGAAGAGAAGCAAAUCUUUCAAAAUGUGCAAAUGAGCAUUAAUUUUCUAGUUUCAUUGUUGAAGAAGAACUGGCAAAAUGUGAGGUGCUUGUACCUGAAGAGUACCAUGGGGAAGCCUGUGCGCAUCUUUUAAGGAGUCUCAGAGCAAUUCUGCAGGAACUAGUGUGAGCUUAUUAGUUGUUAUACUAAAAAUAUAUUCCUGGAAUGAGCGAUUUACCUUUUUGAGCUAGAUAUUUUCUUUGAGACAGUGUAAUAUGUUUGUUUUGUGUUGAUUUUAAUGGAGAGACCAAGCAAUAAUCAUGCUUAUGCUA